ACUCAGCCUUAUUUAUUGCACCAGACUGCACUAGUUGAGUCAGGUCAGCUAAAGAGAAUAGUGUGUUUACGAAUUUUCUUGAGAAUUAUAUUUUGCUUAUUUUGAAAAUGGAUGAAACCACAUCGAGUGCAUCAUCCGCAGAUCCUGCGACGAUAAAACACGCGGAAAGAAUGAAAAGGCUCAAAGAUCUUCACGUUAAAAGGAACCAAGCCAGAAUGGAGAAUCAUAAGGAAGUCGUGGAGGAGGAUAAGAGGAACAAGUUACCUGCUAAUUGGGAGUCUCGCAAAAGAAAGGCAGAAUGGAUAAUGCAAGACGAAGCUUCUCGGAAAGAAGCAGAAGCAAAGGGAGAAGAUUACGAACGGAAGAAAUUGUUACAAGUGGAUGCCACAGAAGCUGAACGAAUAGCUAGGAAGAAGAGAAACAAACAGAAUCCUGACCCAGGUUUCUCCGACUACGAGCAAGCAGCAAUACGUUCAUAUAACAGGCUAGUAAAGAACAUUAAGCCGAAUAUGGAGGCGUACGAAGAAUCCAAAGAGAAAUUAGGACCUGCUUUUUAUGGAGACCGCAACACUAUAUUGCAUGGCUUACACGAAGACAAGAAGGAGGCAAUCGACAAAAUGGUCGGGAAUUUGGAGAAACAGAUCGCAAAGAGAGAAAAGUAUAGCAGACGCAGAAUGCACAACGAUGACGCGGACAUCGAUUACAUCAAUGAACGUAACGCCAAGUUCAAUCAGAAACUGGAGAGAUUCUAUGGCGAGUACACGCGUGAGACUAAGCUGAAUCUAGAGAGGGGUACGGCUAUAUAAUGGGAGAACAAUCGUUGCAAUUAUUACAAAUAUCUUGUAUUUUACGAUAAUUUUGUACAAAUAUGGAUCUAGAGAGAUAAGUUUUAUUGCAGUUUUGUUAUACGUUCGAAAUGUAUCUUCUAUGCAUCACCGACGAUGCGUAUACCAUUUUACGAUACGCGUAUGAAUUACAGCGAGAAUUUAAACGUGUACAGAUUUCUUUUUAAGCUGAGACAAAUAUAUAAUUGUCAAUUUCAACCGAAUUAGUCAUUUAGUGCGGAUAUGUAAAUAGGGAGCAAUGCAAGGUCGCUAACAACUAUAACGACUCUAACAACGCGACGUGCGCUCCAUCGCAAAUAAAAAAUUAAAUAAAUAAUUAUAUUAAUCAUACAUUCUCUAUUACAGUCGCUCAGCUCCUAUAUAUAUAGAUAUAUAUAGAUAUAUAUAUACAAUUUGUUUAAUUUAAAUAAACUUAUGUACACUCA